AUGUUCCCUCUUGUGCUGCUGCGGCCUGUGGCCCGUACUGUGAGAUAUUCUUACGGCUGCUCAUCCACCACAAGCAUAGUCCCCUCGCUCUCUCUGGAGUGGUGCAUUUCCCGCCGCAGCAUCCUCCACAUGCGGACAGCCGAGGACCAUCAGCUGGAGUGUGGAGGUGAGACAGGAGCCUAUGUCAGCAGAGCUCAGAUGAUGCAGAUUCCCGCGGCUGCAGCAGAGGCUCAGGUCGGGAUCAGAGGAGUGGCUUCACCGCGGGACUCUCAGCUCCGGGACUCUCAGCUCCGGGACUCUCAGCUCCGGGACUCUCAGCUCCGAGACUCUCAGCUCCGGGACACUUUAUGA